CUUAAAUCGUGAUCUUAAUAUUCGUGGUAGCAGCUGAUCGGUUUGUUAACAUAAUUUUGGAGGGCGAAUGUUCAACAGGACAAAAGUUGUGCUUGCCAAAUGUUAAUUCUUUUCCGACGAUCGCCGCAGAAACAACGACAUAAUAGAAAAAAUCGUCUGAGUAAAAGAUAGCAAAUAGAAAAAAAAAUAUGUCAUCGACGAAAAGAAUAUUGCAUGCCCUCAUCAUGGGUGCCCCUGGCUCUGGAAAAGGAACUGUGUCAGAACGGAUAGUCCAAUCUUUUGACAUGCUACACAUAUCCAGUGGUGACAUUCUGCGGAAUAUGAUACGAGAGAAGACUGACUUCGGCCUACAAGUCAACAAGUAUGAAAUAUAGAUAUGUCUGACAGGCAUAGAUAGAUGGGAUUUUAAAGUUUAUUAGAGAUAGUAAUAGUCAAGUAAUGGCGAUUAGACUCAAUAUUGCCAUCAACUCAAAUGCUGACAUUCCGUCUACAACUAUUAUGCCCAUACAUAUAUUAUGGGUUAUGGCUUGCAUUUGCUACACCGUUGGUGUUUACUAUUACUCAGAUUCGUGUCCAACGGGCAACUUGUGCCUGAUGAACUCAUGUUGAAAACUAUUGGCGGCGAGUUGAACCGCUUGUCAUCAGCUAAUUGUAGCUGGCUGCUGGAUGGCUUCCCAAGGACCAAACCACAGGCACUGAGCUUAUUUAAAAUAGCACCUGUCCAAGUAGUCAUCAGCCUCGAUGUGCCCUUUGAUAUCAUCAUCAAUAGAGUUAAAGGUAGAUGGAUUCAUGCACCAAGUGGACGAGUCUACAACACUGAUUUUAAUGCACCCAAGGUACUUGGCUGUGAUGAUGUAACUGGUGAACCAUUAAUGCAACGCGACGAUGAUAAACCAGAAUCUGUUAAGAAACGUUUGGAAAUAUACUCCGAGAUGGCUGGUCCGAUUUUAGAAUAUUAUGCUGAGCAAAAUGUUUUAGCAAAAUUCUCAGGAAAAACUACCAAUGAAAUUUGGCCUCAGGUCUACAAAUACUUGACUACCAAGAUUGAACCCAAGAAAAAACUUGCAUAAGAUUUGUAUAUAUUAGAUCUGCCAAUGACUUAAUUGUUGUUCGAAUUUGAUAAUCAAAAACUCAUAUUAUAUAUUUUAUGUAUUCAUUUUUAUUACUGUUGUUACAUGUUACUUGUUUGGUGCUAUUCAAAGAAUUAUGAAUUAACAUUUUAUUUGGUGCUUAA